AUGAGAAUCGGAUUAGCCUUUUCUCAUUUUGGCUAUUAGAUCGUUUUUAAAGUUCUAAAAUGCUAACAAAUAACUUCUUUUUUUGGCUCAUAUUUAUAUUUUGAUUUCAAUAAUAAGAGUCGAAUAAAAAUAUUUGUAUAAUCAGAGACAACUAAUUGUAUAAUAUUUCUUUCUACAUCAUGAGUGAAAAUAUUGCAGGACCUAGUUCUUCUAAGGAAACUGACGAGCUUUAUUUAUCCGAGGAAAAAAAUUCGGACCUUAGUGAUGAAGAAGAUGCUCUUUUUCCGGAUAAAUCUAAGAGACCGCUUUCAAGAAAAGACACCACUAAGCUACCUCCUCAUUUGAAAGGUCUUAUGGGUGAAGCAAAUCUUCGUUAUGCUAGAGGCGAUCUAGAAACAGCCAAGAAGAUGUGUUUUGAGGUAAUUAGGCAGGCACCUGAUGUUUAUGAACCAUAUUUGACUUUAUCUCAGAUGUAUGAAAGUACAAAUGUAAAAAAAUAUAAAGCAUACUUAAUGUUAGCAAGUCAUUUGGCACCACACGAUAUUGCUAUCACCUGUAGAUUAGCAGAUUUGUGUAUACAAGAUGGUGAUUUGUCUGAAGGAAUCAAAUGCUAUGUGAGAUCGCUCAAAUAUAAUCCUCAAAAUAUGUUGAUUCACACCAAAAGACUAGAAUUGUUAGAGCAGAGAGGUAUUACUAAACAUGUACUAAUUGCUAAACAAACUAUGGCCAACAACAUUCCUAGAAAACAUAGCCAGACAAUUAUUAACUUAUCAAUGGAAGUUGCUAAGGAGCACUAUAAAAAUAAAAGCUACCUUAGAGCCAUAGAAGCCUUAAGGAUCCCUUUAAAAAGAAUUCCAUCAUGCGUUACUCAAGAUAUUAUCAAUGUAAUGCUAGAGUUACUAUUAAUUAAUGAACGUUUCUCAGAUUGUUUAGAUAUAUUUACUCAGUUCUGUGGAUUCACUUUUGAUGUAACACUAACUGAAGAUAAUAAUAUACUUAUAAACUCCUUUGAGAUACCUGAUAAGUUACCUCUUGAUUUGAAAACUAAAUUUAUUUCUUGUCUAGUCAAGUUAAGAGCAGAACAUUUAUUUCCUCCAAUGGUUAAUAAUAUGCUUAUUGAAGAAGAUGUAGAAACUUUUGGUGAUUUAUAUUUGGAUGUAGCGGAAUCUUUAAUGCAUGUAGGGUAUUACCAGGAAGCAUUGAAACUGCUUAUAGCUUUGGUAAAAAGUAAGAGUUUUUCACUAGCUGGAGUUUGGUUGAAAUAUGCAGAAUGCUUAGCAGCUUGUAAUUUGAUAGAACAAGCUAUUGAUGCAUAUUUUACAGUAAGGAAUUUGGCCCCAGGCCAUGUAGAAGUUCUUUAUCCCCUAGCGAUGUUAUUACUUAAACAAAACAAUAGAGAUGAAGCUCUGAAAGUGAUGUCCCAGGAUUUACAAACUAAUAAAUUAGAUGUGGCUGUAUUACUUGAACAAAUGAAAUUAUUAAAACAGUUAAAUGAUUGGGAAGGUUAUUGGACAAGUAUGGAAUUAUUGCUGUCAAGGCAUUGUUGCAGUCUUAAAUAUCCAGAAGAACUAAAAAUAGUAUUAACUAAAGAAAGAUACCAAGAAAAGAUUGUUAAGCUGAAGAAAAUGAGGAAUUUCAGAAGUGACAGUACUAAUGUUGAAACAAAUUUUGAUAUUAUUAGGGAACCAAGCAUAGAGGAAGAAUAUACUUUGUAUUUGGAAAACUUACAGUUGGCUUUGGACCGAAAGGAAUGUGACUACUUGAAGAAAUUUGUAUUUAUGGGAUUGAUAUCCAAAAGGUUCCAAAAAUAUUUCAGUGACAUUCACAUCUUGGCUUUUUAUAGUUGCCUUCUGACUUUAGAUGUGUUCCAUGGUUACACAUUGAUAAGAGAUGUUCUAGUAAAAUAUCCAAACAACAACUUGUGUUGGAAUUGGUUUGGUUUCAUAACCUCCACUCCUGAUGAUGUACGAUUUCCAAGGUUCUUGGAAAGAGCCAGCAAUAACCUUACAUCAGAAAAUGGAAAAAUUAUGCUGGCAAACUAUAAUUUAUGUGUGGGAAAUUAUAUUGCAGCUAUCAACUAUUUUCUUAAAUCUUUCAAGCAAACUAAAUCCAUCACGUCCGCAUUUUUACUGGCAGUGACGAUGCUUCAACAUUAUUGCAACAGAAGGGUAGAAAAAGAUAAAAAAAGACUUAUGACUGAAACGAUUACACAUCUAUUUAUAAAUUAUUCUAAGAUGCGAACAAAAUUAGCAGAGCAAGAGAUUUAUUAUAAUUUGGGGAGAAUGUACCAUCAAUUAGGUGUUAUGUACUUGGCAGAAUAUUAUUAUAAUAAAGUUUUUAAAGUUCAUAAUGACUACUUGGAAAAAUAUCCUGAGAUUAUGUGUUUGAAAAGAGAGGCUGCUUUUAACCUACACGUUAUUUAUAAAGCUGCAGGAAAUUUUAUUGCAGCUAGGAAUAUUUUGUAUCAACAUAUUGUUAUAGUUUAAACAAAGUCCAGUAAAAAUGCAAUUGUCUUUGCUAUCAAGUAUUCAGUUAUUCAGAAAAUGUGUUUCCUCUUAGUUCUUUGUUCAAAAAACUGUUUUGAACUAGUUAACAAAGUCACCAAGAGGCUAAAGUGAGUAAAAAUUCAAGGUGCGUCUCACCUUUAUCCCUCCUUACAUGUCUACCAGUAGUUAAUUUGCCAAAUCUAAUAUGACUAAUUUUCUCUUGAGUGAUAUAGGAGUUUAUACUAUUGAGUUUCUAGUGAAUAUUUUCUUUUGCAGAAUCCGUUUCCAAAUUUUAAAUUAAAAAUCUUAUUUCUAUAGAAUAAGUUAAUUUUCUACAUUUCUAAUAAAUAAGUCAUAGUUACACUGCUAAGUACUGUCUGCAUUAAACUGUGAUAAAAUGUAUGUGUAGGAUAAUGAUAUAAGCAUUUGUUAAUAAAUUGUUUAUUGAU